AUGAGCUCCUUCGAGGAGGCCGAAACAGAGGAGACAGCGACAUGCCUCCACCUGACCUUCUACCACCCCGGGCAGGCUGAGAAGAUGAUGUUCCGCUGCCUGGAUUUCUGCCGGCGGCAGCAGCUGCGGGCGGAUGACACGGCCAAGUUCGGCCGCGACUCCAGCCUGUGCCGCUACAGCCUGGUGGACACGCGCGUCUCCCGCAUCCAGUUCUCCCUGCAGUUCUACAGGAAGCUCCACAGCUCCGAGUACGCCUUCGAGAUCAAGAACCUGAGCAAGAAAACGAAGCUGACCGUCAACCAAACAGAGCUGGGUUACUUGAACAAAACUGACCUGCCCUGGAAGUGCAUCAUCUGCUUCGGGGAAUACCAGGUCCUGGCGGAGAUUCAAGAAGGGGAGGCCGUGGAUUAUUUUGAGACUCACUUGCACUUGGCUGAAGCACCCAUCUUACAAGAAAGGUGCCUGCCAUCCCUGCAGCCUGUUCCUGAGAAUGGCAUUUCUCCUUCCUUUCCUCCUGGCCAAGGCAAAAGCCCCACAGAGAUUGAUGAGAACGAGAUGUGCUAG